GAGGGCCUCUCCACAGCGCAACAGGCGUGGAUCGAGCGGUGUUAUAAAAAGCAGUCGGAGAGGGAGAGGACAGCUUUGUUGCUGGCUCUUGCGGAUCCCUGGGGGGGUACGUCACAAGCUGCUCCGGUCAAACGUCACGCUCAGCCGAGGACGAAAAGGAUGUGUGUGCUUGCUGAUGUGCGGUGUACAGUGUCGCGUUGUUGUUAGAUGACCCGCUGUGAGCGCCGAGCCUUUGCCCGUGCUUGCCACUGGGUCAUUAUGUGCGGUCUGACGCUCCGUCGCGCUUGUGAGUGGCACGAUUAAAGAACUGGUUGCAUUGGCGUUAUAUCGUCGCCGCGGUUCUAAUGGCAAUAAUCGCUGAAACACGGAGCGAUGUCAGCUUCGGAAAAGAAGGACGUUGUCUCGUCCGGCCCGAUUGCCAACGGCUCCAAUUGCAACUGCGAGCCGCCCAAGGUGAUCAAACCGUCAGUGCGCACGGCUUUCAAGCAGCGCAAGUACACCAUUCUGGACGGUCUGUGCGUGAUUUGCUCGGUAGGCAGCUUUCUCUUCGACACUGGUUCGGACAUCUGGGUCGCCUACCGACACUACAAUGACGGCAGUUACUGGUAUUUCGGCCUGACUGUCGCCUUUAUUAUGGUGCCCGCGACCAUCAUGAUGGGCUUUAGCUUUAGAUGGUAUCUACUCGAUCUCAAGCAGCACGGCAAGCACCCGUCCAAGUUGCAGUGGUUUGUGAGAACUGCCUUCCACUUGCUACAGCUGGGGCAAGUUGUCAGGUAUGUGGAUGCCCUCAUCUAUGGCCUUAAAAGCGCCCGCAGCAAAUCGGAGCAGCGGGAGUUCUACAGACGGAGUGCGGAGGAAGAUGUCGACGCCAGCAUGUUGCGUCUCUUUGAAUGCUUCAUGGAGGCCACUCCACAGUUGAUUCUGCAGAUCUGCAUUCUGGCCAGGGACUACCCUCACCAAGAGGAAGACUUUUGGACAAUGGUGGCACAGAAUGUGUCCAUCGUGACGUCUCUGGUGUCAGUGGCCUGGUCCCUGGCCUCGUACAACAAGUCGCUGCGGCUGGUCAUCGAGGACAAAGCCAACAUGCGGUGGCGCGGCGCAGCCGUCUACUUCCUGUGGCGUCUGUUUGUCAUCGUGCCCAGAGUGCUGGCACUGGGGCUGUUUGCCUCGCUGUUCCCACUCUACAUGUUCCUUGUCUGUGGCCUCCGCUGGCUCAUCAUGUCUGCGUGGAUCAUCUCGAUGAAGACGCAGUUCUACGAGAACAGAGUGGAGGAGCUGGUGUACAACCUGGUGCUUGGCGUGGUCUUCAUCUUCUGCUACCUGAACCCGGUGGACACCCCGACUCGGUUUCGCAUGUCUGCCUUCUACGUGGGCACCUUUGUUGAGAACACUAUCCUGCUGGGCGUCUUCUAUGUAUACAGUCCAUCAGACAUCUGGUACAAGGUUCCUGCAGUGCUUGGUGGUACCCUGUGCUUUUUCCUUGGCAUCACCUUCAUGGUGAUCUACUAUCUUCUCCUCCAUCCUACGGGCAGCAUUCCGGUGGUGCUGCGUCGAAACCAGUGUCUUCCGCUGCCACGGGCGCAGAUGCGCGAGGAGAUGCUCAAGGCCAGUGCACUUGAGAACGACAUGGCCGGCCACCUUGAAUCUCUCACCGCACAGUCUCCGCCCAGCGAAGAUGACUGCAGUUGUUCCUGCGACACGGACAGCAGCGCAGCGCGUGACAGUCGCAAUAGGGUUGACGUUUGACCGAGAGUACGGAUUAGUUCAAGAGCAAUCGCAGGUAGAUUUGUGUUGUGGGAUCACAAUAGCGGCAAGGUGACUUUCUUCAAGAAGCUUAGGUGUCUGAUGGCUGAGGAUAACUCUUUGGCUUGGUUCGUGUUACUUACUGUAUGACAUUUUACUGCUUGUGAGGGCAACACACUCAUUGUUUUGUUCGUGUCUUUUUUGCAAGUGCUGUUUUCACCAGCGACAAAAUGUCAUACAGUGUCUUACGACUGGGGACAUCGACGAGUCUUAGGCCCAUAUGCACAAACCAGCCUUAUCCUUAUCUCGCGUUUCCCUUAUCCAUCUUUUACCUUUUGUGCAUUUGAUAAACUAAGCAGGACAGUAUUCACAGACCAACCUUGUUGUUAUCUUUUACCCUGUUACCAUUUUGGUGCCCCCAUAACACACGCAGAGUGUACAAAAACUUAAGCAAAACAUAACAUAAGGAUAAGAUUGGUUUGUGUAUGUAAGCAAGGACUCUGCAAGGAAAAUACCCCCCCCCCCCCCUCCCUGCCACAGUGGCAAUGGCUAAGCCGUCCAUCAUUGACAAUUUCAAUAGCACAACUUGAACAGAGACAAAGAAAGAACUCGGGCGCUUUUGUUACGCCCGAAUGGCAGUUAUCCUGACUGUUCAUCUUGUCUAAAUGAAACCGCUGCGAAGGUCGACACUAACUGGCAUGUAUAGUUUAGCCGAGAUAUAAAAAAACACUGAUAUGAUGAAUUAUGUAAUAUAAUGGAGUAAGUAAGAAUGUGUCCUUCUCCGUUUACACUCUAAUGAAGAAACGUGUCUGAGAAAUUUUCUGAUGCAGGAAAGUUAUUUUUAUAUUAGAUGCAUGUUUGUUUCAGUAAUAUUCAGAGUUCUUUUAUUAUUCAGUACAAAGCAUUGAAAAAGACAAAUAAUAACAGUACAAAAAAGUAUGAAAUGCGCCAAUUUACAGCUGUGACUGUCCUUAUCUACAGGGCUGAGCUUUAUUUCUUGUUGCUUCAUUCGCAGUAGUAUGUCUCUAUUCACAUCCGAUACAACACACCUAAGGAACACAUUACUGAUGUCAUGGAGUUAUGCUAUGUUUUUCUGGAGCUGAGCCCAGCUGAGAAAUGUAUAUCCUGUCAUAUUUAGAACCAUGGGGAAAGUUACACCAGAUUCCCUCUACCACUCUCGUCCAACUUCACUUUUAGGUUAUCACUUGCUCAGCCACAAGGUAACUGAGCCGUGCUGGAAAGCCAUAUUGUCAGUGACAUGUGACUACAAGAAAAAUGUAACAGUGCCAAAAAGUCAAGCGUGAAGGUGCUGUGUGCAUCAAGCUCACGAAAGCAAAACAUUAUUUGUCCAUCACUUGUGCAUGCAGUACGGCCACCCUACGACCACAGUUUUCAGUUUAGUAACGAUCGAGCCAUUACAUUUGCGGUUUAAUGGUUUGAUCGGUUGCCAGUGUGGCCAGUUCUUUACAGUGAAAGCCUUACAUUUAUGCUUGGUAUGAAUUUAAUUAUUUUCAUUUAAUUAGUAGGCGAUGUGUUAAAAAGCAAGACUGAACUUGUUGGGGUACCUCCGUCUAAUAAGUGUCUGUGGCUGGCUGUGCUUCGUCUUUUUGUAACAACUACAAAGAACACCAGCCGAUGUUGAAUAUGGUUUGUGCACACUUAAAAAAAUUACGUGCAGAACUUGCCAGUGAAGUAACUUCAAGUGCUGAAGCAAGGAGACUGAGUUAAUGUUGAAGUGCAAAUAUUCGUAGAGUUCUGUAUUACAAGUAGGAAUUCAUUAAGUUGAGCUUGGGUGAUGUACAUGCAUAGAUUCAUUAACGGUGAGACGGUAGUAGGUUGUUAAGAAGCACUGGAUGAUGUGCAUUAGUCAUGGAUUGUUUAUUGUGUAUGCCUGUGCCUAAUGUUUGCUGUUGCUUCAUUGUGAACAGUAAAUUACACAUUCAAGUUGUAAACUUCGUGUAUACUACUUGGAAAAUUCUUGGUGUGAGCCAGUAACCUCUGCUAAAGUAUGCUAGUACUUUGUGCUUUGAAAUGGCAGCUUUUAACGAAAUUAUCGGCAGUGAUUUGUGCUGUAGCAGCUUAGUUGAAGCAUUAAGUUUUUUAGGGUAUUUUUGGGUGUUUUGUGAUGGCUGACACUCUGAAAUAUUCAGAUUUAAAGUGCCAAUUCUUGCAUUGCUUCAUCACUGUCUAAGGUACAAAGCUUUGAAACAUGUGCAUGAUUGAGGCUAUAGAUGGCAGCAAAGGUGUCGGGCACACAAUAUUUGUAAAAACAUAAAUGCCCUCGUGCUUUUGCCAUUUAACCUACAUUUUAAGCGAAUAUGGAAGUUGUGUGGUAAUUUAUUCGCUGCACCUUUUAGCUUGAAACGUGAUAUAUGUGCAUCAAAAGGAAAGAAAAUCGCUGUUUUCACAAGUCCUGGGCUCCGAAAACCUUUGAAGAUAGGAUUACAUGAUUUCUAAAGAUCAAAGUCCACAUGAAUGACUCAUCAUGUUUAGUGCUGAAAUAAAUUUUUAUUCGUUUCACCGCCCAUUUAAGGUAGCUUUGAUAUCCGAAUGACGUUGCAGUGUAUCGCAUUGAGGGCGGCUAUUGCGGAGAGAUUCAUGUUCUUAAAUAAACCUGUACUGUGAUAAAAUUUGGGCAAUAUCAGCUCAUCGAUAUCAAUGUCACAUCCGCACCUGCUACCCCUGCAUCGUAACUUCUAAGCUGUGACUUGCAUACGAGUCAUGCUGCUUGAAACAUUUAGAAUGCAGGUUUUGCAUACAGCAGAGCGCACAUGUGGCGAAAUGGUAGCCCUAAGUAUAAGAGCAGUAGGUGUUGCUACAAACCUAUUAUGAAGCCGUGAAUGCCCACGUCUAGCUCGUGUUGUACUGUUCUUUCAUUUUCUCUUAAAUUUAUUCAAAUGACUUCCGACCUCAUGUGCUACAGUCAUGCAAGUACAGUUGAAGAAUGAUAUAGCCAAACUGAAUAUAAUUAAUUUUUGUUAGAUAAUAGAGUAAGACAAAUUUUGCUUGCCAGUAUCGGCAUAUAAGAGAUUAAUGUCUGCAUGUAACAAAUAUUUUGUAUAUGUUUUCGCAUUAUGUGUGGCCUUGUUGGAACGAGAUUCAAUUUAUCUCAUGCAUAAUGCUUGCUUAUGACGGGCAGUUUGUAACAUAUUGAAGUAGUUAGGCAUAAUAUUUGUGGUCGAUUGCUCAAAACUCGUCAUCUAGUCAUCCCCUAUGGUCCUUAGUUCGCUAAGUAAUGAAACCUGCUUUGUUUAUUUUUAGUUUCUCCUGUAUCUUCCCAUUCUUGUAUUUGCGACAUACAUAUUAUAACUUUUCCUUCUGGGUCCUAUGUUUUAACUGCUGUUGCUGAUUGCACUAUGUGAGCCGUGUUUUUGUUUUUGCUAGCAUUGUUUGCACACUCACACAAGCGUCUCAGUGUUCUACAAUACAGUUUGAGAGUUUCAUAUCAAGAGGAUGGCUUCUUGCUGUGCCAUUUGUAGAAGUGGAAUUGAAUGAGCAGGGACUUUUGAAAGCAUUUCUUGCUGUGAGCUAAUGGCAGCAAUCUUAUGGUAGCACCAGUGGCGACCGCGUCGAUGGCAGUUAGCUUUCUUGUCAUAACUUUUGCAGUAGUAAAUCCACCCAGCAUUUCUCACUGCCACGAAUUUUCCAUGCUUAUUGUUCGUGCUGCACGAGUUGGCCGCUUACGGAUGUAUGUACAAAUCACCCCAUGAUGACGAAAACACCGAAUUAGCAUGUUGACUAGUUACCGCUGGUGCAGCUAGUUUUGGCAAAUCCUGCUGAGACUUACUAUUUAUAUGUUGAAUUAUGGAACAAACUUACUCGAUUUGUUGAGCCCAAAAUCAAGAGAGAUUGCUGUCGAUGUUGAUGCUUUUUAAACUAGUGAUAAUGAAUUGUUACAUAAUUAUCCACAUUACCGGAUGACAAAUGUAUGUUGAACAUAUGGCAGACUGAAAGGUCCUUGACGAACUGAGCCUUUUGAACAAUAGUGCAUAAUGGGGAGUCAUCAGUGUGCUUUGUGAUGCUGAAAUUUUCUGUACAGUUGUACCAUUGACACUUCGUUUAACUUGUGAGCGACGAGGUGCCAAUAACUACAGCAUUCGCAUUUUGAAUUUGAACUAACGCCUGCCACCAUAAUCACUGAAUGUUGUUAUCUAUUUUAAAUGCCCAAGAGUACAGACAUUGCCAAAAUGGUGAAACAGCUUCAAGUUUUAUACUAUGCACGAGUUUGUGUCGCGGAAUAGUGGAAUUAGCGAAAGCCCACAUUUUCUUGUUAACCGUGUUGCUGUGUAUGUGUUUUUGCGCAGCGUUGUUUUCUUUAUUUAGUAUUACCAAGAGGUGCCCAAUGUUAUUAGUUAUGGUUAUUAGUUUGAAGAGCUGUAGAAAGGAAAGCUGCAUACUAAAGACAACCUGGAUAUAAGUACAUGCUGCACUUUAGUAGUACUGCCUAUAGCUGUUAGAUAAAUGCACAUUUGUUAUGGUUAGGCUCACGAAGUAUUGGAUCAAGUUAUCUUAACAGCCGUUUUGCACAGUGAUAGAACGACUCAGCUCUUAGCUAUUCAAAAAUGUAUCUUUAUAUCUAUUAUAUUGAAUGUGCCGAAGGAUCUCCAUUUAGACCCACACCAUACUGCCAAGAAUUGUUGCCAUAGAAAAACAGUGCAAUAUCGCAUUUAUAAUGAUAGUUUCCACUUUAGGUAUUCACUUUGGCAGCUUUUAAAUACACAGAGCACAGUUUUCCCAGAAGUCAAAUGAUCUCGGUGCAGAAAGUGUGCCACAUAUGUGGUCAUGCCUGGCCCACCCUUCACAGGCUCCUUUGAGGCGGGAUACUGUUGUUCCUGCCAUCUGUGAUAACUGAAAGCAAUUCCACUGUUAAAAGAAAACACGAGACAAGUUUUUUUUUGUCGAAUUUAGAAGGCAUCUGUUUGUGUACUUAUUGAAGGUUUUUUGUGCGUUAUGUUUGUGGCCUUGUUAUAAACAUAGAGUUCGCGCGAUUCGCGAGGUGUUAAAAAUAUAAUAAAUAGCUUUUGUUAAAAAAC